UCACAGAAGGUGGUGGCGGGCGGGUGCAGCGAGUUUGUCCCCUUGCCCGCACACUGCUUGGCCUCUGUACUUAAGUGCGGUGGCCGCCUGCCUCGCUGGAGCUUCUCUGCCGCAGCCAUCCGUGCUGCUUGGGACGGGCCGGGGCGCGAAGGCGGUCGCAUCCAUCGCUCUGCCCUCCUGGGAAGUUUCUGCUCUCCUUCCCCGCUCCUACCCUUAGGAAACCCCCUCACCACCUGCCCCAGACCAGGUUCCUCUGAACCCUAAAUUCAAUCUUUAGGACCCACUUUCCCAACCCCCUGACCUUUUUCCAUCGGCACCUACCGAGACGACUUCGUCGCGUGCUCCCAUACCCAUUUCUUUCACUUUCCUGUGGCGAGCAUCUCCCUUCUCAGGGAAAGGGAAGCAUGGGGCCAGCACCUUGGGAAGAAGAAGCGGGAAGAUACGCUGCCCUCCCUGUCUCAGAUGCACCUCUGGCCUCGGCGUGACCACCUUGUUUAGCUGAGGAGAAGCUGGGUUGGCAGGGUCUUCUGAAGUCAAGAGGGAGCUGGGGGGCGCCCGGGGAGGUAUUGGCAGUUUUUUCACUUGUCCUCUUCUGGCUUUGUAGCUUCUCUUGUGUAAUCAGCUGCCUAUUUGGAAAUUGGGCAGGGUUUGCGACUGGAUGCUAAUGUCACUGACUAGUUUUCAGCCUACCAUCCAGAAGUAACAUGUUCCCAGCUUUGGAAACGCACCUAAAGCAGACUAUUCCUGAUCCUUAUGAAGACUUUAUGUACCGUCACCUCCAAUAUUAUGGCUACUUUAAAGUGAAAAGUACUUCCUUUCCCCAUUGAUCUGCGGGUCACCUCUGUCAAGUAGACAGCAUCACUUAAUACAAAGCUCAGAGAGGCAGUUUACCAAACUCUGCUACGCAUCAGCAUGUUCGGAAGAAUAACCCUCAAUACCUGUUGAAUGGCUCUCUUGGGGAAAAAGAUGAUUUGAUACCAGACACCCUGCAAAAGGAGAAGCUUCUAUGGCCUACCAGUUUAUCUUCAGCUGUGCACAGACAGAUAGAAGCCAUCAACAGAGAUUCACAUAUGCUGAAUUUACCACAUCUUAGGAGCAGACAGCUUCUUUAUGAUGAGUUGGAUGAAGUAAACCCACGUCUUCGAGAACCCCAAGAGCUCUUUUCCAUUUUGUCUACCAAGAGGCCACUGCAGGCUCCAAAAUGGCCAAUUGAAUGUGAGGUCAUCAAGGAAAACAUUCAUCAUAUUGAGUGGGCUCCACCUCAACCAGAAUAUUUCUAUCAGCCUAAAGGAAAUGAAAAGGUACCAGAGAUUGUAGGAGAGAAAAAAGGAACAGUUGUCUAUCAAUUAGAUUCAGUGCCUACAGAAGGUUCCUAUUUUACCAGUGCCAGAGUGGGAGGCAAACGAGGAAUUAUCAAGGAACUUGCUGUCACGUUGCAAGGACCAGAAGAUAAUACUCUACUGUUUGAAUCAAGGUUUGAGAGUGGGAAUCUGCAAAAAGCUGUCAGAGUAGACACCUAUGAGUAUGAACUCACCUUGCGAACUGACCUCUACACUAACAAACACACUCAGUGGUUUUAUUUUCGUGUUCAGAACACCAGAAAAGAUGCCACCUAUCGCUUCACCAUUGUCAACUUGCUAAAACCCAAGAGUCUUUAUACUAUAGGAAUGAAGCCACUCUUGUACUCCCAAUUGGAUGCCAACACCCGCAAUAUUGGCUGGAGGAGAGAAGGAAAUGAAAUCAAGUACUACAAGAACAACACGGAUGAUGGGCAGCAGCCCUUCUACUGUCUCACGUGGACCAUUCAGUUUCCAUAUGACCAGGACACUUGCUUCUUUGCACACUUCUACCCAUAUACAUACACUGAUUUGCAAUGCUACCUCCUGUCAGUGGCAAACAACCCUAUCCAGUCUCAGUUCUGCAAGCUCCAAACUUUAUGCAGGAGCCUAGCAGGAAAUACUGUUUACUUGCUCACCAUCACCAACCCAUCCCAGACCCCUCAAGAGGCAGCUGCAAAGAAAGCUGUGGUCUUGAGUGCCAGAGUUCACCCUGGAGAAAGUAAUGGCUCCUGGGUUAUGAAAGGCUUUUUGGACUUCAUCCUUAGCAACUCCCCAGAUGCCCAGCUCCUCAGAGAUAUUUUUGUCUUCAAGGUGCUUCCCAUGUUAAAUCCAGAUGGUGUGAUUGUGGGGAAUUAUCGGUGUUCCUUGGCCGGAAGGGAUUUGAACAGGCAUUAUAAAACCAUUCUGAAGGAGUCUUUCCCUUGUAUUUGGUACACCAGGAACAUGAUCAAAAGACUUCUUGAAGAAAGAGAGGUUCUGUUGUAUUGUGAUUUCCAUGGCCACAGUCGUAAGAAUAAUAUCUUCCUGUAUGGCUGUAAUAACAACAAUCGCAAAUACUGGCUUCAUGAACGAGUCUUUCCUUUAAUGUUAUGCAAAAAUGCACCAGAUAAGUUCUCUUUUCACAGUUGUAAUUUUAAGGUCCAAAAAUGCAAAGAAGGAACAGGACGAGUUGUUAUGUGGCGGAUGGGAAUCCUAAACAGCUACACCAUGGAGUCUACCUUUGGCGGGUCCACCCUAGGUAGUAAAAGAGACACUCACUUUACCAUCGAAGAUCUGAAGUCCUUAGGUUAUCAUGUCUGUGACACCCUUCUGGACUUUUGUGACCCUGACCAAACGAAGUUCACUCAGUGUCUAGCAGAGCUUAAGGAGCUUUUACGACAGGAAAUCCACAAGAAAUUCCAUGAACUUGGACAAGAUGUAGAUUUAGAAGGAAGUUGGAGUGACAUCUCUUUGUCUGACAUUGAAUCCAGCACCAGUGGCUCUGACAGUUCUCUCUCAGAUGGUCUUCCUGUUCACCUAGCAAACAUAGCAGAUGAGCUGACUCAGAAAAAGAAGAUGUUUAAGAAGAAAAAAAAGAAGUCACUUCAGACUAGGAAACAGCGAAAUGAGCAGUAUCAGAAAAAAAAUUUGAUGCAGAAGUUAAAGUUAACAGAAGAUACCUCAGUAAGAAAGACUUGCUGGCUAUUUCUACUGUCUAGUUUCAGACCAUUCCAUAGAGGGGAAAAGGCAGGAUUUGCUUCUACUCUGCAAAAGCAGCCAACCUUUUUCAAAAACUCAGAGAAUUCCAGUUUUUUACCAAUGAAAAAUGAAAACCCGAGGUUAAAUGAGACAAAUUUAAAUAGAAGAGACAAAGACACCCCCCUGGACCCAUCAAUGGCCACCCUGAUUCUGCCUAAGAAUAAAGGGAGAAUGCAGAAUAAGAAGCCAGGCUUUACAGUAUCAUGCUCUCCAAAGAGAACCGUAAACUCCAGCCAAGAGCCAGCUCCAGGUAUGAAGCCAAACUGGCCUAGGAGCAGAUAUCCUGCCACAAAGAGAGGCUGUGCUGCCAUGGCGGCAUACCCAUCCUUGCACCUGUACACAUACCCAUAGGUGAGCCUGGGCUGUGCCACACAAGCACUUCAUCGGGGGUUUUGAGAUUAGACACAUUUUGUAAUGGGGGAGAUGUAUGACUGGGAACUGCAUUUACUUGUGGUAUACUGUGUUGUGCACUUAUGCACUGACCUUACACUUUGUACUUACACUGUGGGCAUGUGGUCAAGAUGCAUACCUCAUGAAUUCAACUAUUUUUUCAUAAAAUGAAAUUUUAUUAUGACGUGUAAAAAUGCUUUAUCAGAAACUGAAGUGUGUUCUCAUGGCACACUUCAUGGCAGCACAGAUAUACCUCAUUUUAACCGAUAUAUAUUCUCUCUAAAAUUAUGUGCAAAUCAAUUUUUAAAAAUCAAACUCUAUGUUAAACACAUUUUGGCAGUGUGCUAUAAUAAAAAAAAAGUGUUGUGUCAAAGCUUUCUAGUGACGGUCAGUCCUACUGCUGUAUGUCAGGUUUGCUCACAAUGAGGUAUUCCCACAUAGAAAUAACAAUGCAUGUAUUACCCAGAAUUUAAUAUUGCGUAUCUUAUGUUCAACGAGGUUUUGUAAUUUUUUUAGCCUGAUGAUUAAAAUUCUUUCUUUCUAA